GGGCGCCUACCAUAACCGAGAGGGGGGGAGCCGAGGGUGAGACGAAGAGUUUUCGCCAAUAUCACAUCGCCAUUUAGUCGUUAGAUAACAGUUGUAGUUAUCCGUUUAGGAUACAGUCCUGCAGUUUGAAGCUUUUAUUAAAAUAUAUUCUAAAUAUUGGCAGCCUAACGGAUAUGCCUGAUAACAACAUAGUUGUCCUCCCCUAAUAUCAUAGUAAAGUAACUUGUCGCUUGAUUGACGGGUCCAUAUUAUUGUAGGAUUUUUCUUCCUACUGGAGAAAGGACUGUAAAAAAAAAACGAUCAGCGAAAAAUAAACGUGGACGAAAGUGAAAUAUCAAGAAAGACUGUCGGGAGCUUCCGACGAGGUACACGUGUGAAAAACAAGAAAUAACUAAAGAAGAGACAGGAGUUGUGUCGUUUGCAUAUAUUUUAUAAAUAAGUCCUUAUUUUGGCUGAACAUUUUUGUUAAUUUAGGGACGUGAACAAGUGACGCCAUGACGACUGAGAUGCAGGAGAUCGCCAUUACGGAGGAGAAGCCUUUACUUCCGGGUCAGCCCGAUCCUGCAAAGGAUGCUGAGGCUGCAGCUCGAAUACUGUUGGACCAGGGCCAGGAACACAGUAUUGAGACACCUCAUGGUCUCCUCCACGUGACUCUCCAUGGAACCUCUAACACACGCCGUCCCGCCAUCCUCACCUUCCACGAUGUGGGCCUGGACAGUAAAAGCUGCUUCUCUCCUCUGUUUAAAUUUGAGGAGAUGCAGGAGAUAGUGAAAAACUUCACUCUGGUCCACAUUGAUGCUCCUGGCCAAGAGGAGGGGGCCGCCACCUAUCCUAUGGGAUACCAGUAUCCGUCCAUGGAGCAAAUUGCAGAGAUGAUCCCUGCAGUCCUGACAUAUUUCAAUUUCCGUUCUGUCAUCGGAGUUGGAGUGGGAGCUGGGGCGUACAUUCUCUCCAGGUUCACAAUGAUCCACCCAGACUCAGUUGAAGGUCUCGUUCUCGUCAACAUUGACCCUCAGGCUAGAGGGUGGAUGGACUGGGCUGCCCAGAAGAUCACUACCCUGACAUCCUCUCUCACAGAGCAGAUCUUGAGUCAUCUCUUCAGUCAGGAGGAGAUGUCAGCUAACGCAGACCUGGUGAAGUCACACAGAGAUCGCAUCUCUAAAGCCCCCAACCUGAUCAACAUCGAGCUUUUCUGGAGGGGCUACAACAGCCGUAGGGAUCUGAUCCUUGACCGUACCAGCAACUUCAAGUGUCCUGUGAUGCUGGUGGUCGGGGAUCAGGCGCCGUAUGAGGAGGCUGCUGUGGAGUGCAACAGCAAACUGGACCCAACAACAACCUCAUUCCUCAAGAUGGCAGAUGCUGGCGGUCUUCCCCAGCUUACCCAGCCCAGCAAAUUGACCGAGGCUUUCAAGUACUUCAUUCAGGGGAUGGGCUACAUGGCAUCAUCCGUCAUGACCCGUCUGUCUCGUUCGCGCACCACCUCGCUGUCUUCCUCUUACUCCAUGGAGGGGGAGCGCGAGCGUUCUCGUACCCUGUCUCAGAGCUCUCAGGGUGGGCAGAUGCCCCCCAGCCCCUCCCAUACCAUGGAGGUGUCCUGCUGAAGAGAGAGAGAGAGAGACAGAGAAUGAGUGUGUGUGAGAGAGGGGGAUGGAGGAUGGAAUGGAGAGAGAGCGAGGGAUGGGCAGAGGACCAGCUGAGAGAGAGAAGGUUUUAUGGGAACAUGGAUGUAAAGGAGAGGUAGAGGGACAGAGGGAGAAUGAAAGACAGUUACUUAAACACUGUCAUCUAUUAAUCUCUUCACCCAGACAGCGAAGGGUAAAGGGAAUGGAUAAACGAAAAACGGGAAUGGAAGAAAGGAAGUUUUUAGGAACAAGGGAGGGAAUAUAAGGAAAAGGGUAGCAAGGAACGUGUGUUUUAGGGGCGUCGGCAGUCCUCUCUCCCCCUCUAUCAGAACAUCUGUUAGCCAAUAGAGCCUAUUAACCUAGAGAGUGGAAGUGGCCUGUAGUGAUCUCACCUUAGUGUUCACCAGUAGAAAUAAUUAUGAUAAUGAGAAAGAUUAUGAUGAUAUUAACACUAUUAAUAAUGACAAUGACAAUAAUGUCAUAGAAAUAUUAUUUUAAAAAUGAUCUUUAUUUUUAAAGCAUGAAAUACAAGGGAAAAAAGACUAUAGCAGAAGUACUUCAAAUGAAAAUGUGUGUCUGUCAACUCUUUUAAUAAAACAUGUUUGGUCUUUUUCA